AUGGAAACAAUUUCCCAACUGCCGAUUUGCAGACGACCUUCAUACCACUAUGGAAACAUUGAUACACGCGAGAAUGAUCAUCCCUCUGUGUUCCGCGAUUUAACAGAAAGAGAGAUUAAAUGUCUAUUGGAUUUUCUUUAUUCUGAUUCAAGUUUAAACCUCACUGUAGCUGCAAAAGCUUCAGUUACUUCAAACUACAUUUUUGUUGCUGAUCUUUACCUGCCUCCAAAACAAGAUGUCCUAAAUUAUCUUGAUAAUGGAUUUCCUCAACCUCAACGAGAAGCCCGUGUAAUGAUUUUCAGGGGAGCUAUUGCAAAACCAGAUGUGAUAGAAUUAGUUGUUGGUCCUUUAUCAAACCCUUCAGGAUAUAGACAUGUUCCAUACCAACCUAAAUCCCUUCCGUUUAUAGACAGACCCUACAGUAAUGCAGCAGACAGUAUAGGAAAAGUUUUGGAUUUCUUAGACAAGAAAAUCGGUGACAUGUUGUUUUAUUUGUACGGAGGGCGCUUAGUAAAUUGUGGUGACAGAUGCUUGAUUAGUAACUUCGUUCAUCAGGUGACUUCGGUAAUAUCUGGAGUUAAAAAGCGAAGAUUUUUUUGGUCGAUUAAACAUGACGUAGAGUAUAAUUUAUUGAGACCUUUAGAUUUUGCCUUUUUGGUUGAAUGGGAUCUCGAUAAAUUUUCGCUCAUAAAAAUAUGGUUUGAUGGAAAUUUGUUUUCAUGUUUAGAAGAUGUACUUCAGUAUUACCACAAAUAUAAGCAUGACAUACAAAAAGUACCAUUUCCUGACGUCACUCGAAAUUCUCGUCGUAUUGUAACGUCCAGAGGUAUGCCUCCAUUUAAGAAGUCCAUGAGGGACCCACAACAGGUUUCCCCCGAUGGUAAACGAUAUAAUAUAAACGACAGACAUAUCUCCUAUGGUUUCUGGGAAUUUGAUGUUGCAAUUGCCCCUAUGUUAGGACCAAGGCUCAAUGACAUUCGAUAUAAAAAAGAACGUAUUGCAUACGAAAUUAGUUCCCAGGAACUUGCAAAUAUGUAUUCUGGUUAUAAGCCUUCUGAAUAUACAGCUUUUUUCCAAGAUAACAGAUAUAAGACCGGUGCUUUAUCGAAAUAUUUGGUUCCGGGAGUUGAUUGUCCAUCUGAUGCUACAUUUAUUAGUUCUUCUUUCAAAAUGGAAUCAAGCGAUGAACCACUUUUCAAUGCCCAUGCGUUUUGUGUUUUUGAAUUGAACACAGGGAUUCCACUUCGACGACAUCAUGCAUACCGUAAAUUUGUUCAUAGCUUUUACGAAGGUGCUGAGACUAUUGUUAUGAUAGUUAGAACAAUUCCGACAAUCCUGCUGUAUGAUUACACGAUGGAUUUCAUAUUUUACCAGAAUGGCGUAAUUGAAACUAAGGUAACAGCGUCCGGUAUGAUGGCGACCUCGUGGUAUGGAAAGGAGAAUCCAUUCAGCUUCCAAGUCGAUGAUAAUCUUAUGGCACCUUUGCAUCAACACAUGUUUCACUACAAAGUUGACCUUGACAUAAAAGGUACCAAAAACAGAUUCGAAACCCUUGACAUUGAACCUGUUGUUACUCCAAAUGAAGUAAGCGAUGAUCCCGAUGCCACUAUUGUUCAAAAUAUGUUCAUGAAACGACUGAAACAUUCAGAAUUGGAAGGAGCCACAAAAUUUGACUUCAACUUUCCAAAGUAUCUUACCUUUGUUAAUAACAAUGCAAAAGACAAGUUUGGAAAUUCGGCAGGAUAUCGAUUAGUGAAUAAUGGAAUGACCAAAAACAUAUUACCUCCCAAUGACGGUAACAACCCUGCUGUCAGCUGGUCUCAGUAUCAGGUUGCCGUUACUAAGUACAAAGAUAGUGAACCAGCAAGUAGCAACUUAUUUGCACAUUCAAAGAACCCUGUCUUUACUUUUCAACAAUUCAUCGACGAUAACGAAAAUAUUGUAGAUCAGGACCUGGUUGCCUGGGUAGCAAUGGGUAUGCACCAUAUUCCACAGAAGGAAGACAUACCCGUAACACAUACAACAGGAAUGUCUCGAAGCUUUUUUCUUUUGCCAUUUAACUACUUUGACGAGAGCCCAGGAAUGGCAGUAAAUAAUGCAGUAAGAAUAGAUUCUGUGGAAAAAGACGGCAAAGCAGAGUCUGUUAAAAUACGACGAUACGGUACUAGGAACAAUGUAGAUUGUAUCCCCAUGACAAAUCCAUUUGAGGCUGAGCUGAAAGAGAAUCCCUGUCUUGUUGUACAAUGCUAA